GCGAGUCCCUCCAGUCAUUCCCAGCUCGGGAACUGAAGUGACAACAUCUCGUGCGUCACAGAGACGCUUCACUUCCCUCUCUCUCUGCGGAUCCAGCGGAGGAUGAACUGAAACUUCACCGACUCCUUGUUAUUAUUUUUUUACCGGAGCUGGGAGACACUCUAUCGGAUCUAUGAAAAAACCCACGUGGAUUAGUGAAACCGUUUUAAACCAGAAGGAAUGUAUAUGUUCUUGGUCAAACUAACUCUCCUGCUGUCGCUGAUCGGACAAACACGAGGCCUGAGAUGCUCCACGCUCACAGAGCCGUGUUUGAACCAGGGGAAAUGUGAAACAACUCCAGAUGGGAACGGAGAGUGCAAGUGCUGGGAUGGAUACGUAGGAAGCCAUUGCCAGUUUCGUGACCCGUGCACCUCCUCGCCAUGCAUGAACAGUGGCGCGUGUCAUGCCGUCACCAGGGGGAACACGGUGGACUUCAGCUGCACCUGCAAACUGGGCUACAUCGACCGUCACUGCCAGACACCCGUCAGCGAUGUCUGCAUCAGCUCGCCGUGUCGCAACGGAGGGACCUGCGAGCUCGAGACCCUCCAGACGUACAAGUGUCGCUGCCCACCUGGAUGGUCAGGUAAACUGUGCACACAAGCCGACCCCUGCGCCUCGAACCCCUGUGCCAACAACGGCCAGUGCUCUGCCAUCGAGUCCCACUACAUCUGCACCUGCACGUCGUUCUUCUCCGGAAAGAUCUGCAAUCAGGACGUCAACGAGUGCGAUGCAACCCCAUCGCCCUGCAAGAACGGCGGCCUGUGCGUCAAUGAGGUCGGUGGCUACAGAUGCCAGUGUCCGCAGGAGUACAUGGGCAAGCACUGCGAGAGCCGCUACCUGCCGUGCAGCCCGUCGCCCUGCCACAACGGAGGCACCUGCAUCCAGAAGGGAGAGACCAGCUACGAAUGCUCCUGCGUGCCAGGUUUUACUGGGAAAAACUGCAACUACAACAUCGACGACUGUCCCAAUCACAGGUGCGACAAUGGAGGGACGUGUGUGGACGGAGUCAACACCUACAACUGCCAGUGUAAACCAGAAUUUACAGGUCAGCUCUGCGCAGACGACGUUGACGAGUGCCAACUCAUGCCCAACGCCUGCCAAAAUGGUGGCACGUGCCACAACAUCCACGGCAGCUACCAGUGUGUGUGUGUAAACGGCUGGACCGGGGACGACUGCAGCGAGAACAUCGACGACUGUGCCAGCGCCGCAUGCUACAGCGGCUCCACCUGUCACGACCGCGUGGCGUCUUUCUACUGCGAAUGCCCCCAUGGCCGCACAGGUCUGCUGUGCCAGCUGGACGACGCCUGCAUCAGUAACCCGUGUCAGAAGGGCUCCAACUGUGACACCAACCCUGUCACUGGAAAUCAUUUCUGUACCUGCCCCUCGGGAUACUACGGUGCUUCCUGUGACCAGGAUGACGAUGAGUGUGCACUGGGCUCCAACCCGUGUGAGCACGCAGGGAAGUGCAUCAACACCAAGGGCUCGUUCGAGUGCAAGUGCCAGCACGGUUACACGGGGCCACGGUGCGAGCUGGACAUCAACGAGUGCAUGUCCAACCCGUGCAUGAAUGAGGCCACAUGCCUGGACCAGAUAGGAGACUUCCACUGCAUCUGCAUGCCAGGCUACGAGGGGGGCUUCUGCGAGAUCGAUUCAGACGAGUGCGCCAGCGGCCCCUGCCUGAACAACGGCAAGUGUAUCGACAAGAUCAACUCUUUCCACUGCCAGUGCCCCACAGUUUACUUCCAUCAAAACAUAUGA